AAUGAACCGACCGCGGAGGCUCCGCUUUGUGCUGACAAUCUUAAUCAUAUCACUUUUGUACUACCUCUUUGGCCUGCCUUCACUACCAGGCCGUCGCGGCUUUGAUACGUGGGACGAUGCCGACUACCUACUAUCCAAGAACCACUCGGCGCUUGAUGCGUGCAAGGCGCUGCCGAAGCAUGCCUUCGAUAAAAUCCAGGUAGUUCUCAAGAUUGGUGCAGGAGAGGUCGAAUCGAAGCUUCCAAUCCACCUUCGCACUGUCACGUCCUGCGUCCCAGACCUUCUCAUCUUCUCCGACUUCGAGGAGUCCUCCCAUGGCCACCACAUCAUCGAUGCGCUCGAGAACUUCUCCGAGCGAUACGAGCACGAUAACCCCGACUUCAAGAUCUAUGACACCAUCAAGCAGCAGAAGGCGUCGGGCCAGCGCGUUGGCAGGAGCGGGGAUGGCUGGAAGCUGGACAAAUACAAGUUCUUCCCUAUGAUGGAAAUGACCUGGAAAAUGCCGAGGCAGAAGGACUGGUAUAUGUUCAUUGAGCUGGAUACAUACGUGGUCUGGGACAAUCUGCUGCGCUUCCUCUCGCAUCUGGAUCCCGAGCAACCCUUGUACAUGGGAUCCCCGGUUUGGCCUCCGAAGAAGCCUGUCUUCGGUCAUGGUGGCAGUGGGUUGAUCCUCUCCAAGAAGGCGCUAGGAGAAUUGGCAUAUUAUGGAAGGUACUUCAGAGACGAAUACUCUGUGGGCAACCAUCAAUUUGGACAGGACAUGAAGGAGGAAUGCUGCGGCGAUGAAGUUCUAGCCAGAGUAUUCAAGAAUAUCGGCAUCACCUUGAAGGGUUACUGGCCACUGAUAAACGGAGAGAAGGUCUCUACUCUUCGUUUUGGGCCGGAGCAAUGGUGCGAACCCAUCGUCACACUUCACCACUUGAGCGGUAAGGACGUGGGCGACCUGUGGGAUUGGGAGAUGAAGAGAAAUUCAACUACACCACUUCUCUUUGAAGAGCUGUAUGGUGCAAUAGUAGAGCCCCUGAUCACCCCAAUAGCCUACAACUGGACGAACAUGUCGGAAGACGACGGUGUGAACCCUAAACCACUGUCUGACAAGUCUUUCGAUCAAUGUAAAGACGCAUGCAAUCUCGACCGCCACUGUUUCCAAUAUCUUCACCACAACACAACAUGCCAACUUGCUCACCACUUCCGUCUGGGCCACAGCCAAUCGCCGGACAGGGACACUCAAUGGACCUGGGACUCAGGAUGGAACACGGAGAGAAUAGACGAAUUCAAGAAAGCUUCACUAUGUGGUGGCGAAGCUCGAUGGUCUCACUCAAAUCCUUGAGAGUACCAACUUGCUAUACGCGUGUCCUUGGGACUCUGACAAUUUGGCGUGCCUUGCGGCUUGUACUAUUCUGCUUCGGAUUACAUACGCUGUCGGUAGCUCCGUGAGCUGGCUCUCGUCAAAGACAGGUCCCACACCUGCUUCCACAACAUGGGGAUGAGAGUUGAGAUACGACUCCAGCUCCGCAGGGCUCACUUGGAAGCCC